CCUCUCUUUCCCUCUUCAUGGAGUUCGUCUACAGCAUUGCAGACAACGUCUUGGAUAGGCUAGCUUCACAUGCUUCCCAAGAGAUCUCCUUGGCAUGGGGUGCCCAACUUGAACUCACCAAGCUCAACAAUACCUUAUCUACCAUCAAACUAGUAGUCGAAGAUGCAGAGAAGAAGCAAGUGAGGAAUUCCCUAAUCACACGUUGGUUGGGAAAUCUCAAAGAUGUUUGCCAUGACGUUGAUGAUGUCUUGGACGAACUGGAGUUUCGAAAGUUGCGGUUGAAAGUGGAGGUCGACAGCUAUGGGAAGAUCAAAGGAAAGGUAUGCCAAUUUUUUUCCCGAUGGAAUCUAGUAGUGUUUAACUUCAAAAUGGGACAUAAAGUGAAAGAGAUGAGAAAAAGACUAGUUGAAAUUAAUAAUGAAAAGAGAGAGUUUGCUCUCUUUGAGUUUCUUAAGAUAGCUGAAGAUCCUAGUGUGCUUCGAGGGAUGCACGAUAAUAAAAGAGAGACAGACUCUUUGGUGGAGGCUUCAGAUGUUAUUGGGAGAGAUGAUGAUAAAAAACAGAUUAUUAGUCAUCUCUUAAAUAACACUGAUAUCUCUAAUGAGGAGAAUGUUUCUGUUAUUUCUAUCCUCGGGUUAGGAGGGUUGGGAAAGACAACUCUCGCUAAAUUAGUGUAUAAUGAUAGCAUGGUGGAGGAGAAUUUCGACAUGAAAAUGUGGGUAUGCGUCUCAGACAACUUUGAUAUCCAAACAUUAAUUUGCGGCAUUAUCAAUGCUGUAAUUGAACAAAAAUGUGAGGAUGCAAGUUUGGACCUUAUGAAAAGAAGAUUGCAAGAUAAUUUGCGAGGUAGAAAGUUUUUUUUAGUGUUGGAUGAUAUCUGGGAUACAGAGUCGAUUGGAGUAACGAUUGAAAAAUGGAUUUGUUUAAAAAAUAUGUUAAAUGUGGGAGCUAAUGGAAGUAAAAUCAUCAUAACAACACGACAUGGAUCAGUUGCUUCACUUAUGAGUCCCGUACACGUGCAUUCUUUGAAAGGUCUUUCUGACAGAGACUGCAUGUCCUUGUUCAUCAAAAGGGCAUUUAAAAGAGGAGAGGAGCAGCGUUAUCAACAUUUGAUAGAAAUUGGAAAUGAUAUUGUGAAGAAGUGUGGAGGAGUUCCUUUAGCAGUAGCUACUGUAGGGAGCAUGCUCUAUUUGAAAACAGAUAAACACCAAUGGUUGAGUGUCAGAGAUGAUGACAUGUGGAGCAUAAGGAACGACAAUAUUCUACCUGCACUCAAAUUGAGCUAUGAUGCAUUGCCACAACACAUGAAACCGUGUUUUGCAUUUUGUUCACUUUUCCCAAAGGAUUAUGUAUUCAACAGUGGCUUGUUGGUUCCAUUGUGGAUAGCACAAGGCUACCUCAUGACAUCUAAGAAAAAUGAAGAUUUGGAACAUAUGGGUGAAGACUAUAUAAGACAGUUUUGCUCUAGAUCUUUGUUUCAGGUCGAGAUAGAUCUCAAAACAGCCAUAGUUUUUAAAAUACAUGAUCUAGUUCAUGAUUUAGCAAUUUCAGUGGCACAAGUAGAGUACUCCACAGUCAAUUUUCGUCCCUCUAGUGCUUUUGAAAUGGUUCGACAUGUGUCAAUAUCUAAAAUUGACUUGCUUGGAAAAGAGACACAACUUCCCGAUUUCAUGCUCAAGUCAAUCAAAUUACGAACCAUUUUAAUUUCCAGAGCAGAUUGCCAGAUGAAUCAACGUUUUGUGAAGGCAUGCAUCUCGAGAUUCAAAUGUGUGCGGGUGCUAGAUCUCAGUGGGUGGCCUCUUGAGGAGCUACCAAGUUCCAUUGAUAGUUUGUUUCAUUUGAGAUUUCUCAACUUGUCUGAUAGUAGGAAGAUAAAAAGGCUUCCCAAUUCCAUCAGUAAGCUGUUGAAUUUGGAGACUUUGUGCCUUAUAGGUUGUGACGCACUUGAGGAGAUACCCAAAGACAUAGGGAACCUGAUCAACCUUCGAUACCUGGUGAUAACUACACAACAGGCGUAUUUGCCAAAAGGAAUUAGACGUCUCACCUUACUUCAGACUUUAGCUUUUGAUGGAUGUGUCAAUCUUAAAUCGUUGGGCGAAGAGAUCCAAUUCCUCAACAACCUUCGCAAACUGUGGAUUGGCAGUUGUAAUAAUUUGGAAUCCUUGCCACCAAAUAUGAAACACAUGACUGCUUUACAUACGUUGUUUAUCGUUAAUUGCGAGAAGCUUCAGGUGAUGAUGAGAUCAGGGGAAGCUCCUCAAGGUCUUCGAUCAUUGAUUAUCGAGAAUUCAAGUUUGGAGGCUUUGCCCCCUUGGCUCAUUGAAGAUUCUGCAGACACUCUACAGAGCAUAUGGCUUGGCGAAUGUCAUAAUCUCACGGCACUUCCGGAGUUGAUAAAGUUCACAUUCCUCGAGCAACUACACAUUGUAGAAUGCUCCAAAUUGUCGGCUUUGCCGCAAGGGUUGCAUUGCCUUACUGAGUUGAGAGAACUAUAUAUUGAAGGGUGUCCUGAAUUGAGCAAAAGCUGCAAAAGGCAAUUAAAAGGUGAGGAGUGGUCAAAGAUGGCACGUCAGGUCAAGAUUACACUCGACGCUGAUGAUGAAGAAGAUGAAGCCGACAAUCGCUUGGCCGACAGUAGGAUCUCGUACCAGUAUCCCUGUGGAGGAAGAAGAGGGUUGCUAGCUACAAGGUGUUGUAGCCUGUGGAGGGGAAGUUGAAAGGGACUCACAGGAAGAGCUUCCGGUGGCUCAAGGAGACUUGUGGUCUAUGGCCGUUGAUGCUGGAAAACAAAAUAAAACAAUGAUCAGGCUGACCACUGAUUCAAUCUUGAAACCGCUCUUACUACUAGAAAACCGAAGGAGCACACAAUUUGGACCUUUAGAUCCAACCUUAAUCUGAGGGUGUGUUUUUUGCUCUAUGUUUUGUUAUUUUUCAAGUUUUUCUCUUUAGUGCCUGCUGAUUAGUUCUUUUGCUUCAUGUGGGUUUAAAUUUGAAUCUUUUGACUUUUUUCUUUGUUUCUUUGUGUUUCUGUCAAUGUGAAUGAGCUUACAAAUGAAGAAAAACUGAACAGCAAUUGAUAUGAAUUUGGAAGAAAUAAACAUGAGAAUCUGCUAGAGGUGGUGUAUGUUCUGAAUUAUAUGAUUGUCAUUGUAACCAAGCCUUAGUUUAUUUGCUGCUGGACUACAUGGUAUUCUGCUGAUUUCAUAUAGCUUAAAAUCUGAAAUAUCUGUUCUUAUUCUAUGAUUGGCUUAUGAUGCAGCUUGCAUUGGGUGAGUGUUUUGGGGUACAGCAGCUGACUGCAUUGUAACUACUGGGUUUUCAAAAGCAUUGGAGUUGAAUUAGGAAUAGGAUUUAUCUGAUUUCAGGAAAGAGAUCCAUCUACUGAUUUCAGCUUCCAUUUCCCUCUAUUCCUCUGUUGUUCUGCAGCUAAUUUCUUCCUAGUUUCCUCUUUCAGUUUAUGGCAUUUUCUUAUUUGGUUACUUUGGAUGAUUUACUUGAGAGAGAUGCUGGAUUUAUUUCUUUGGAGAACCUCUGGCCCUUCGCAAUUACAUUUUCGGUAAAAUCCCAAACUUGAUCAGCAAAUAGCAGGAUAAAAACCUGAAGAAGCAAUGCCUAUUGACAAGUAAGGAGAUUGUGCAAAGUGCAAACAUAAUAAAAGCACGAGAUUUAUAAAAUAGCAUCAGAGCAUUGGAUAGAGCUAUAAGGAGAUGAUGAGCGUUGAAUUAUGUCACAGGCUGAACUCCGAAGCGGCCGGUGCCCCUUUGCUUGAAUCGGAUGGGCAUGGAACCUCACCCAUGUGAGAAGGAGUGAUCAAUAUUGAAACUAGAUGCAGAAUGGAAUAGCCCUAGCUCGCUAGCUAUGUAUGAAGACUUGUAUUGCUCUGCUCACAGAAGGCUCUGGAUCAAUCUCCAUACGAUCAAGACAAAUGCCUUCGCCUCAUGAAUUCUUCGCACAAAUGCGUCCUCAACAAAUUUUUGUUCUCUGUGAAUUAGUGGCUUGAUAUGUUCCUCUGAGAAACCCAGUAAUUUCAUCCAACUAGUGACUCAAAAUUGGAUAUGUUCUUGGGUUAUGAGUUUGGAUUUUAGAUAUAAUUGAGUCUGGUUGAUUGCACAAAUGCUAAGGCUGAAACCCAGAUUGAAAUUUUCUCAAGGCCAGCUUUAUAUGCUUAUUUUUCUUAGAAGUUUGAAGCUUGAUUUAGGUUCAUCAAAUUAAUAAGACAUAUGCCUAUUACUGUUCUGGUAAAUACCAAUUUGUUUAUGGAUUGAAACUAAUUAAAUGGCUUCAUGGUUUCGAUAA